AAGUUCUUGAUUGCCUUCUUCAAUGGGUCAGUUCAGGUCCGAAAGCGUUCGACAAUUCUAAGCCCGAAGCUCCGGCGAAAGAUCGCCACGGCCACCGUCGACCGCCUCCAUCUCUAGCUUCACCGAUAGCGGACCGCCUCUAAAACCAUAAAACUUUGUUGGGUUGAUUUGGGUAUUGAUGGACAACAAUAAUUGGAGACCAAUUCAAGGUGGAGAACCCGCCAUGGACGCCGUCGAUUGGAGGACUCAAUUGCAACCCGAUUCGCGACAACGAAUCGUCAAUAAGAUAAUGGAUACCUUAAAGAAACAUCUCCCUUUCUCUGGUCAAGAGGGAUUGCAUGAACUCAAGAAAAUUGCCGAAAGGUUUGAGGAAAAGAUUUACACUGCUGCCACUAGCCAGUCCGACUAUUUACGGAAAAUUUCAUUGAAGAUGCUGACCAUGGAGACUAAGUCUCAGAACUCCAUACCCAAUUCUUUGCCAACCAACCCUGUGAGCAAUAAUAACAGACCCCCAGACCCAGGAUCUCUUGGUAUGCAGUCCCAAAUACACAAUCAAGGUCAAUCACUUGCUAUGCCAUUGCAGCCCAAUCAAUCUCAAACGCGUCCACAACUAUUACCGCAAAAUAUUCAGAAUUCUGGUGGAGUUCAGAGUUCUUCCACCUUGUCACCUGCACUACCUCCUCCUUCCAGCUUAAGUCAGACUUCUAUCCCAAGUGUUGUUGGCCAAAAUCCAAACAUGCAAAAUAUGCCUGGCACUUCACAGAACACAGUAGGGAAUUCCAUGGGCCAAGGUGUUCCUGCUAAUAUGUAUGCAAGUUCGCAGAGGCAAGUUCAUGGAAGGCCACAGGUCGUUCCCCAACAACAGCAGCAAUCACAGAACGCUCAACAGUAUAACAUGUACCAGCAGCAGCAGCUUUUGAAGCCCAAGUUCCAACAGGGAAAUAUCCCACAACCAAUGAUGCAAUCUCACAUGCAGCAGCAGCAGCAGCCAAAUCUGUUACAACCAACUCAGCUGCAGUCUUCCCAGCAAGCUGUUAUUCAAACUUCAGCUGCAAUGCAACCUAACAUGAUGCAAUCCUCUCUCUCCGGUCUUCAACCAAAUCAGCCAUCAUCUGUUCAACAGUCAAAACCCAUGCUUCAGCAACAUCAACAAUCAGUCCUUAGGCAGCAGCAACAGCCUCAACAGGCUGCUGUUGCUCAUCAACAGCAAACACAAAUGCCACAGCAGCAAAUAUUGCCCCAACAGCAGCAGCAGCAGCAGCAACCGCAGCAGCAGCUUAUGGGUCAACAGCCAAACUCUACAAGCAUGCAACAGACUCACUUAAUUGGACAACAAAACAACAUUGGGGACAUUCAGCAGCAGCAGCAACAGAGAUUACUUGUCCAACAGAAUAAUCUCUCAAACCUGCAACAACAGCAGCAACAGCAGCAGUUAAUGGCUCAGCAGAACAACCUAUCUAAUUUGCAUCAGCAACAGUUAGGCUCUCAGGGUAAUGUUACUGGAUUACACCACCAGCAGCAGCUGCUUGGUACUCAGACUGGUAACUCAAGCAUGCAAACUAAUCAGCACUCCCUGCACAUGCUACAACAAUCCAAACCUUCUCUGCAGCAGCAACCACAACAGAGUGCAUCUAAUUUGUUACCAACUCAGGCACAGCAGUCGCAACCACAGCCCCCACAGCAGCAGAUGUUAUCACAGAUCCAGUCACAGCCAACACAGAUACAGCCACCGUUAAGUAUGCAACCAAAUCCCUUACAACGAGACAUGCCACAGAGGCUUCAAGCAUCAGGUCAAACCUCGGGAUCCUUGCUUCAAACACAGAAUGUAAUUGAUCAGCAAAAGCAGCAGUUAUAUCAAUCACAAAGAGCCCCUCCAGAAACGUCAUCAACGUCUCUAGAUUCAACAGCUCAGACGGGACAUGCAAAUGUAAGUGACGACGAGGUCUACCAGAAGAUCAAAGCAAUGAAGGAACAAUACUUACCUGAACUCAACGAAAUGUACCAAAAGAUUGCUGCCAAAUUACAGCAGCAAGAUUCUCUUCCACAACAGCCAAAAUCAGAUCAGUAUGAGAAGAUAAAGUUAUUUAAGACCAUGUUGGAGCGUGCCAUAACAUUCUUACAGGUUCCAAAAGGUAGCAUUUUACCUGGGUAUAAGGACAAAUUGGCUCACUAUGAGAAGCAGAUAGUAAACUUUAUCAACACACAUAGACCCAGGAAGCCUGUUUCUCAACUGCAGCAAGGACAGGUUUCCUCAACUCAUAUGCACACCAUGCAGCAGCCUCAAUCUCAAAUCGCCCAAGUACACUCUCAUGAAAACCAAAUGAAUCCUCAGUUGCAAUCAAUGAAUGCACAAGGUUCUGUGGCAACAAUGCAGCAGAACAAUAUGACAAGCUUGCAGCAAAGUUCUAUCUCUACUUUAUCUGGAGUUUCUACACCACAGCAAAAUGUGAUGAAUUCAUUGCAGCCCAAUUCCAAUAUGGAUUCAGGGCAAGGAAAUUCACUGAACUCAUUGCAGCAAGUUUCUGUGGGCUCUAUGCAACAAAAUCCUGUGAGUGCUCCUCCACAGGGAAACAUUAAUGCACUGUCCUCCCAGAAUGGGAUGAAUGUGCUGCAGUCAAGCAUCAAUACGCUUCAACCAAAUUCUGGUAUGCUUCAACACCAGCAUAUAAAGCAACAGCAGGAACAACAAAUGUUGCAAACUCAACAGCUCAAACAACAGUUGCAUCAGCGACAAAUCCAGCAGCAACUAUUGCAGAAGCAGCAGAUCUUGCAACAGCAGCAGCAACAGCAGCAGCAGCAGCAGCAGCAACAGCAACAGCAAUUGCAGCAGCAACCAAAGCAGCAGCUUCCUGCACAGUUGCAAACACACCAAAACCAAAUAUCUCAGCUUCAUCAAAUGAAUGAUGUAAAUGACAUGAAGAUGAGACAAAAUAUGGCUGUUAAGCCAGGGGUCUUUCAGCAACAUGUCCCAGCUGGCCAACGCUCCGCUUAUCCCCAUCAACAGUUGAAAACAGGAUCUCCUUUUUCCGUUCCUUCAAAUCAUCUUCAGGCCUCAUCACCUCAAGUUUUGCAACAUUCUUCUCCACAAGUUGACCAGCAGAACCUUCUGUCAUCUCUCACCAAAGCUGGAACUCCUUUACAAUCCGCUAACUCGCCUUUUGUUGUUCCAUCUCCUUCAACUCCUUUGGCUCCGUCUCCCAUGCCUGGAGAUUCUGAUAAACCUGUUCCAGGUAUUUCCUCACUCCCAAAUGCUGGAAAUGUUGGGCAGCAACAAGCAAGUGGUGGUGUUGCUCCAGCUCCAUCCCUUGCAAUCGGCACUCCUGGAAUAUCAGCCUCUCCUUUGCUUGCUGAGUUUAGUAGUCCUGAUGGUAUUCAUGGUAAUGUUUUAUCAUCUGUUUCUGGCAAGUCAAGCGUUACAGAGCAGCCUCUUGGUCGCUUAAUUAAAGCGGUAAAGUCAAUGUCGCCUACGGCAUUGAGUGCCUCUGUCAGCGAUAUUGGCUCAGUGGUCAGCAUGAUUGAUAGGAUUGCAGGAUCAGCUCCAGGUAAUGGCUCUAGAGCUGCAGUUGGUGAGGAUUUAGUUGCUAUGACAAAGUGUCGUCUGCAAGUUAGAAAUUUCAUUACCCAAGAUGGAACAAAUGGGACGAGAAAAAUGAAGCGCUACACUAGUGCCAUGCCCUUAAAUGUUGUAUCAUCAGCCAGCAGCAUUAAUGAUAGUUUCAAACAGUUCAAUGGUUCAGAAACAUCUGAACUGGAGUCAACUGCAACAUCUGGUAUCAAGAGGCCCAAGAUUGAGGCUAAUCAUGCUCUUUUAGAAGAAAUAAGGGAAAUAAAUCAGCGUCUUAUUGACACUGUUGUUGAUAUAAGUGAUGAAGACGUUGAUCCAAGUGCUGCUGCUGCAGCUGUUGAAGGGGGUGAAGGGACCAUUGUUAAGUGCUCUUUCAGUGCUGUGGCGCUCAGCCCGAACUUGAAAUCACAGUAUGCUUCAGCAAGAAUGUCACCAAUUCAGCCCUUAAGAUUGCUUGUUCCCACAAAUUAUCCCAAUUGCUCCCCAAUACUGUUGGACAAAUUUCCAGUGGAAAUCAGCAAGGAAUAUGAAGAUCUUUCGGUAAAAGCAAAGUCGAAGUUUAGCACAUUUCUAAGAAGCCUUUCACAACCCAUGUCGCUUGGGGCAAUAGCAAGGACUUGGGAUGUUUGUGCUCGUGCAGUUAUUUCCGAGCAUGCACAACAGAGUGGCGGUGGCAGCUUCAGCUCAAAGUAUGGGACUUGGGAGAACUGCUUGAGCGCUUCUUAAUCAUCUUUGCCGACCUAAAGCAAAGCAUCAGAGUUGCAGCUUGCCGCUGAAUUUGCUGCGGUGCUCUGGUGUCUGAAACUUUGAAGCAGUUUCUGGAUCGACUCUACUGCUAAGCAAAGUUCAGUAUUACUGUUGUAGUAGGAAGAAACAUUCUAGUUUUGUAUGUUGAAAACUUGCAAAAAAGGGAAUAAUCAUGGAGUGGUUUGGUAUCUCUGCUCCAUUGUAUAUUUUGCUUGUAGGCGUGCAAUAGUAAAUGGGUCCACAUUGUUGCACCAGCAGAUGUUUGUUAUUAGCUUUGUGAUAAACUGUCUAAUCUAUUUUGUUAUGUUAGUAUAACCUAACAAAUUGUAUCUGUUCCGCUGGAUAUUUUAGUCAGAAAUGCACAGUAAUUAGUAGUACUACAUA